AUGCUUACGCCAUGUUACGACGAGGUGCUAGCCAUCAACGACAAAGUAGUUCUCCGCGCAGACGACCUCCUCAGCUGGAUUUGCACCGGCGAGGAGUGGCACUGGGGGCUCCGCGCUGUGUGGCGCGGAGCCUGCGCCCCACCCGCCGAUCCCCAACACACUUCGCCACUGCACCACACUAAGCUUGACUUCAGUGAUGUAGACUCUGAGAAGAACGCAAUAGCUAUCGAUGCAGAUGCACCUGGCGUAGUAGUGUUCUCCUAUCCGCGGUACUGCCGCUACCGUGCGCUGCUAUCCAGGCUUGAAGGUAUCCAAGCAGACUGGCUGCGAGACUCGCUGGUGGCCGCCCUGGGAGGAUACGCAGCGGCUACUAAUAACACAAGAAUAUUAUAUUGUAAGGACACCUUCGAGUAUCCCGAGCUGGAAGGUCACGAGUUCGUCUGCAAUCACUUAGCCCCUCGGCUGAAAGGGAGGCCUCGAGGCCGGAGGAAACGCGCGCUCCACUCACCAUCACCGGACCGGACAGAUCGCUCUGCCACGGAGUCACCGCCAGCGUUAUCACCCCCAACUCCUCGCCGCCUCUCCUUACGGAACGGCGCCCCAGAGAAGCAAAGCGAAGACGAAGAAGACGAUUGUAAGAGAGUAGAGGAGACGGCAGACGACCGCGCGUUCCUGCAGCAGCUGAAGGAGUUUUAUAAACAAAAAAAUGAGAACUUUGACAUGGGCGCUAAUACCCUCAAACAUUUGUCUCUGCGCGCGCUGUACGUGGGCGUGCGCGCGCGCGGCGGGUACGGCGCCGCGUGCCGCCGCCGCCACUGGCGCGCCCUCGCGCCGCACGCGCCCGCCGCCGCCAGGAAGCACUACGAGAGAUACCUCCUGCCGUUCGAAAACCACGAACGUCGAAACGGCUUAGUCGUCUUCAAGAUAAACGGCACAGUUGACCCUGAACCGCAGACCAUAGCCACGAUAGACGUCACAGACUCCCCACUCCGGGAGGACGACGUCACCGAAAAGAUCCUCCGCACUCCAUCACCGAAACCAGAAAAAUAUAACUUCGACAUCGAAGCAUCGAAAGACGAAAUCAUCACUUCAAAGAACGCGGAAGAAUUGAACAGAGAGUUCUUAGAGUCUCUGCCUAAAGAAGAGAAGUUGAUGAAGAUUUCGGUGAAGCCGGUGGAGAAGCUCAUCGAGCCGGUGAAGCUGCAGGAGGAGAACGCGAUGGACCUGAAGUGUGUUGGAGGGGUGGCCAAGAGUGAGGAUGUUAAGAACAUAAAUCAGCGGCUGGUCAGCGAUUUGUGUCAGCUACCCAAAUUAGGAGAUCCACCUCGACUGCCCCCGCCACUGAACGGGCACACCUCAUCACCUGCUGUGGAUUUGAAGUCAGUUCGGCCAUCUGUCCCAGCGGGGCGCAGCUCCCUCCGAGCUGUGAGGGUGAAACCAGGCCGGCCGCAUGCCUCCACGCCUAACCCGCUAAGACCGGACUCAGCAUCAACCUCUCCUCCUCUAUCAGCCCCUAGCUCGCUGUCGUCGACCCCCCUGCCAUGUCUCCCCGCGCCCCCCACGAGUACAGCGCCCAUCACCAACUUCGGCAUCCACCACCCCCCACCACCUCAGCAACACAGCGAUGAUGAUAUUGUGGAGGUGCCCUACAAACCUAAAACACCAGAAAUCAUCGACCUGGACGAAUACCCAGAAAGUCCACAAGCGGUCAAGAAGAAAAAACUAGACAUCCUCAAGGAAAGAGGCCUCGAAGUCACCGCCAUCCCCGCCUGGAACCCGAUACCUCCUAUGAUGAACACCCCCAUGAUCUUCAACCCAGCCAUGCAGCACCAGAUCAUGACACAAGCCCAAAUAUUCCAAAUGUACAACAUUAUACCACCAAACUAUGGUAACGGAUUACAACCUCCAAAAGUAGUCCAAGGUUCCUCAAUCUUUGGAACCGCAGGUCCAGAGAAAACCGUCUAUGGAAACCCAAAAGACCCCUUCAUGCCACCACCUCACGUUCUACAUGGAGCUCCAGUCAAACCCUUGAGAAAUAUACCCCCCACUAAUGCAACCCCUCAAGAUAUCCUCGACCUAACCUGUAAAUCUACCAGUCCUCCUGCCCAAAAACCAGCUGUGGAAAUCUUAAGGGUAUCCUGUCCAUCACCUAAGCUUGCUGCUCAAAAUUUGUCCAAAAAUUAUACUUUAGUAGACGGCAAAGCCGUGGUCGGUUCUAAUCAACUAGAAAUAACCUUAGUCAAUAAAGCUCACAGUCCAAACAAAACAGGCCCAAGACCUCCCCAGAAGAGAUCCUCAAACGGCAAGUUCAUGUCCACGAAAACAUCAACUCCUCCCAAAGAAUACCCAAAAUACUCCAGCCCUUCUCAAGCUGCGAACAUCCAAAAAAAAUCUCCAAUCACCAUUCCUAGCUACCAAAUCAGAGACGACUCCCCUCCAGCAGGAUCCACCCAAAAACCUUCAAACCCUUUACUGUACAAGGGUCAGAAUUUACCCCUAGCACAAAUAAUGGACCUUCAGAAAGGUACUGGACCUAUGAAUUCCUUUAUAGACCCAUACACCGUUGCUUUAUAUAGUAGUUUAGCUGGCCAGAUGGACCAGAGGCAACUGGCCAUGUACAGGGACCUAAUGGCGAACCAAAUGAGGGGGUACCCUGGACUCCUCAACUUGGGGGUGUCAAAUACGCCUACAACGAAGAAUUAG